UUUAUUUUUUAUAUUCCCAGUGAUCUCUCUCUCAAAAAAAAUUUUUUUCCCUCCAUUUUUAUCUCAAUUUUCUUCUAUUUUUUUGUUAAAUUGUUUAUUGUUUCUCUCCAAAAUGCUAUAUAAUUUCUUCUCAAUUACAAAAAUAUUUUUUUCAAAAAACAAUUCUCUCUUACUGGCCGAGCCAAAAUUUAAAAAAUCAGCUUCUUCCGUCCUCUGCUUCACGCUGCUCUAGCUUUUAUAGGAUGACAUGUAUUCUAUGGAAAUACAGCAACAACAAGAACAUAUCCAACAAAAUAUCCAACAAAAUAUCCAAACAAAUAUUCAAAAAGACCAACAACAUUCCCAAAAUUCCCCAAAAAAUCACCAUCACCAACAACAAAAAGCUCAGCCAAUUUUAACAAUGCGAGAUGCAAUUAUUUUUGCCAUUACAUAUUCCACAGAUCUUUGCUCAACAAUUAAAAUGCCCUACUUUUUAACUUUAACACAAAAUGAAUUACAAGAGUUGGCAACAAAUGGGGGAGAACAGGGGAAUGAAAUUAAUAAUGGGGGUGGGGCUGGAAGUAGUUGUAAUAUUCGAGGAAGAACGAGAAAUAUUACUAGUGAAACUUUCAUGUGUUUAAACAAAGUUCGUCCAACACCAAACGAACAUAGAGACAACUGUUCUGCCUACAGUUUUUGGACUCCCUCAGAAUGUUCUAAUGGAGAAUCCCAAUUAAUCCAGCUUCUUUUGUGUGCCACAAAUUCAUUUUCUGCCCCAUGGCAAAAGAGAAUAUGUCCAUUAGGGUCUCAUUACACGUUAGCUGCUAAUAAAGAAAGUAUACAAUUGAGAACAACACAUUCCUCUUUUUGGGGGCAACAACAGCAACAACAAAAGGUGAGAAGCGGAAACAAUCUAAAGAUGCUAAUACGAAAUAUGGUUGUCCUAGGUUAUAAUUAGAGUUAGGGACAGAUAUCACUCCCGCGGUACUCAGAAAAUAUUGACUCAGUACUUUUCUAUAGUCCCUUAUAGGGGUAUUGGAAGAAUCCAUUUGCCUAACACUAGUUAUAAUAUCACCAUAU